ACCCGGCUUGUGACCUUUGACCAUUCUCUGCCUGCUCCUACGGUACCUCGCUGCCCGCACGUUGCUGACCUGGCUCGCCUGACUACGCUUUCAGUCACCCAGACGAUCCAUCCAUCCAUCCCGCACGGAUCACUAUUACCCCUUCACAUCAGGCUUUCCCCCGGUACAUACCCUCGGCGGACCCCCUCUACCACAGUUGGGUGCACUCAGGGGCCGCGACCUGGUCUCAGUCCUGCGCCAAGUCCAUCCCCACCAUCAGGGGCUCUGGUGAAAAGGCAGACUGGGGCUUAGACUCCGCUCCCUGGGGAAUCCUGUUCUGUGGGUCGCUAGAGAUCCCGCCGGGCGGUGCCUGCCA